AUGCUGUCCUUUUCCACUCUGACAUUGGCUAUGCUACUUCUGACCCUCAGCAACGGGACAAGGGCACAAGGAGACGAGGAUGACCCAACACCAGCGACUCCUCACUGGAUCACACCCGCCGUCACUCUCCCGAGCCCGUACGGCCAUCCAUCUCUCUAUGUCACCCAAAACGGUGCGGGGGAGUGCCUGGCGUCGCUCCAGGUCUAUUACACCAGGACAUGCCGGGUUCAGACCACAGUCUGGGACGGCACAACCACGAGCCGGGUGAGCGUCGACUGCCAGGGCUGUACCCGGCUCGCGUCGAGCAUCCUGGUCGGCCACUGCCCGCUUGGAGUGCAUUAUACGCCUUACCCGGACACGACUAUGUCAAGGCCGUGGACGUCGUUCUCGUUUGUUUGCGCGCCCACGCCAACUCCGGCCGGUGCUGGCGCGGUGUAG